UUAAUGAUCUGUGAUCCCAUUUCAUAAUUUUUUUAGAUUCUCGUCUGGGUAUGCUUGAAUUUGCUCGAUUUGCUAACCCAUUAGCUGAAUUAGCAUUAUAAUGAGCAGUUUUUCAUUUGGGUCAAAUUCAAAUAGUCCCAAGUCCUUCAAUGCAUACCCAAGAGGUGAUUUCGACAUAGAAUUAGGGACUAUUAAAAGAACCCGGAAACCGAAAAUGAUCAAAUCUUUCUCUAAUCGCCUUCAAUACUUCAAGAAGUUGCAUCCACUUGUUGUGCUGUUCAUUUCAUUGUCAAUUGCUGUUACUGUAUUGAUCAUUUUGACUGCAUAUGAGAGCCAUUUUCGGACGAUGAGCAGCUACCGAAAUUUUGAUGUGGGGAUUGAUAAGUAUCCGUUUUCGACGCUAAAGAAUCUUGUAAUGGUUGCUGGCCACUCUGUUUAUACUAGUAGUUGUGGGAAGAUUGAUAAGGAGGAUUCUUGGUUUUUGGAGCCUUAUCAGAAGUAUCCUGGUCAGGCUGCUAGUUUUGUAACACAUAUUGAGGAGGGAGUCAAAAUAGUGGCCGAAGAUGAGGAUGCUAUACUUUUGUUUAGCGGUGGAGAGACUAGGAAAGAUGCCGGUCCUCGUAGUGAGGCACAGAGUUACUGGACUGUUGCCGAAUCAAAAGGAUGGUUUGGCAAAGAAGAAAGUGUGAAAUGGAGGGCAAUGACUGAAGAGCAUGCAAGAGAUAGCUUUGAGAAUCUUUUAUUUAGUGUCUGUCGGUUCCGCGAACUUACAGGCACAUAUCCUCAUAACAUAACUGUUGUAAGUUAUGAUUUCAAGGAGGGUAGAUUUUCACAUUUGCAUCGCUCCGCCAUUGGCUUUCCUGAGUCAAGAUUCUUUUACUCUGGCACCCCAGCUUCAUCAACUUCCAGAGAGGCAGCCUUGAAAGGUGAGGCAUUCGUAAGGUCUCAAUUUGAAGAAGAUCCAUAUGGGUGUUCAGGUUCACUUAGACGUAAAAAAGUAGGCCGUGAUCCUUUUCAUCGGGCAAUACCUUACCCCAAAGGAUGUCCUGAAAUUGAAGGUUUGUUCAGAUAUUGUGGACCAGCUCCUUAUACUGGGUCUCUCCCUUGGGCUCAAUUAAAUUAACCACUGCAUGUUAUUUCUCAUGAUCCGAAUGUAAUUAAUCAACCUAAACAAUCGCACGAUAGAUGCUUGAGCUGAUAGUAUAAUGCUUGUUCAAAAUUGUUCUUUUCUCAAUUCAAAUUAUAUAAAGGUGAAUAGAUGAGAAUAAAUUUGGCUGCAGCUUAGAGAAAAAUGUGUUGUCAUUAUUAGAUGAGAGUUAGUAAUUGUAUUGCUUUGUUUGGGUCCAGAAAUGAGAAAUUUGCUUUCCAGAACAUGUAUUGUAGUGAAUCUCCUGAAAUUGUAGUUUAUGUUACUACUAACAAAAGGCGAAAUCAUUUUUUUUUU